AUGCAGCGAGAUCUGCAGCGCGCACGUGAAGACAACUCGUAUCUGCGCACACUGCUAAGGCAGAUGAACUUAGACGACCGCGACGACAGGCACCUGGAACGCCAGCUUCUAGACGCAGAGGAGACUAUCUGCCACCUCAGGGCUGAGAAGCUGGCAGCGUUGAGAGACCAGCGUAAAAUUGUGCUGGAAUUAGAAACGAGGUUGACUGAGCAGAAACAAGCUCAUGCACUCGAACUAGAGCAGAGUAUGGCUGUGAUCCGUGAGCAGGAGCACGAGCUGAAGACAUUCCGCUCUCAAUUAGAAGAGAAGGCACAGCAAUACAAGGAACUGCAACAAAGACACAUGGAUCUCCUGGAAAUGGAUGGCCAGGCGGCUGCAACGAUGAAGCAGCGCGUAAAUAGCGGCGUGAGUCAGUUUAGCAUCUACGGAGAAGAGAGCGAUGACGACGACGAAUCCAAAAUACCAAAGCCACAGAAAGACACGCCAGGACGAGCCAGAGCGCCUGCUGACGCCGAUUCGGUCAACCCGAAGUGGCACGAAGAACUCGUGCGUCAUCCCACGCCUCACUUUGACCUCGAGUCGCCAGAAGUGGCUUACAUUCUUCGAGCGUGGACAAAGAACAUUAAGAAGAUGCGAUACCUGCGUCGCUGGCUCAUCCAGGUCGUUAAAACCAAAGGACCUUUACCGGAAGACUUCCCUAUGGGCGUGGAGCUGCCUCGACUGCCUCCGGAGGUGCGUGGCGGCUUCCUCACGCUCGUUCUGCCACUGCUACGCCAACAAACCGAGCGAGAGAUCCUCGCACACUCCCGUCUAUACAACGACGGGGUGCAUACCGACCUGCGUUUCCGGCUUGUGCCGCGUGAAUAA